AUGCCACUCACCAACAACGCGGGCGAUUUGACGUUGAACGAUGUUCCACCUGCGUUUCGAGUUCUUCCCGUGAUCGUCGACGGGAAGCAUGGCACGUUCUGCCUGUUCUAUCUUCGAAUUCGGAGCCUGCAGACUGUUGAGGAGACCAUAGCUCAGACCCGCCAGCUCUUCGAAUCGGCGGAAUACCGCGCAAGCUCGGCUGUUCCCCAUGGUCAUCUCUCCAAUCCUUUCAUGAAGGAGUCGAUCUACAAGGCUACAAUCUCGAGUGUUGGCGUGCCAAACGAGGACCUCGAAGCUGCGAUUCUGCCCCGAAACGUCACGAUCACCGCAAAAGAGUAUUCCCCAGAGCUCACGGCGUUCUUCUGGCGCCCUGCUCGAAGCAAGGACUGUGGACCUUUUGCGGAUCGCUAUCCGGACAUCCUCAUCGAUGCGGCGCAGACAAGGUACAUCUUGAUCCACCACGAGAUGAGCAAGACAGCGGUUGUAAUUGCUGCGGCGAUCUUGGUCGCAUCUUGGUUGCUCCUGAGCGCGCUAAUUGGCAUUGUUCGAAAGAACAUGGAAGCUGGCUUUACGGUUGCCGGCGUUGGAAUCGGUGUGAUGGCCUUGUUUGUGGCUGUUCUGAAGGGGAUUCAGAAGUAG